UGCGGCGGAGGGCAAGGAAGGCGCCUCACCUUGCCCCCCAUGAGGGGCGGAUCAUGCCAUGGCAGCGCCGGCGAGCGACAGCGGCAGUGGCGGCGGCGGCGGCGAGCGGAACUCCACCAGCAGCCCCGGGAGCUCGGCCGGAGCCGGGGGCGCCGCGGCGGCAGCCCGGGACAGCGGGGACGCGGGCGGCCGCAGCGCAGCGGUGACGGUCCCCGGUCUCCCUCCGCUCGAGGACUACGAGUGCAAAAUCUGCUACAACUACUUCGACGCGGACCGGCGCGCGCCCAAGCUGCUGGCGUGCCUGCACACCUUCUGCCAGGAGUGCCUGAGCCAGCUGCUGCUCCGCGCCGCCGCCGCCGCCGCCGCCGCCGCGCCUGAGCGCCCGCUGCGCCCGCCGUCCUGGCACGGCCCGCCCGGCGCCAUCGCGUGUCCCGUGUGCCGCCACCGUACGCCGCUGCCCGACAGCCGCGUGCACGGCCUGCCCAGCAACACCAAACUCGCCGAGGCCUUCCCGCUGGCCCUGCGCGCCGCGCACGACCCGCUGCCCCAGGACCGGCUCCCGCCGUUGCCCACUCGCCGCCCAACGCCCGCUGCGGUCCCGCCGCCCGCUCCGGCCCCAGACCCGGCCCAGCCGCCGCCGCCGCCGCCCAGGGAGGACGCCGCCCGCGAGCCUCGCGCCCGCGCCGGCCUGCGCGCCUCGGGCGCCUACGAAAGCUGCCAUCACUGCAAGCGCGCCGCGCUCACGGCGGGCUGCGUGUGCGUCGUCUUCUCCUUCCUCUCCAUGGUGGUGCUGCUCUUCACCGGCCUCAUCUUCGUCAACCACUACGGCGGUGGCGGCGCCGGGGGACCCCCCGGCGGCGGGGCGCCCGCUGGCGCGGCCCAGGCUGCCGCGUCGCCCUCGCUCGUGGGGCCCAUCUGCCUGUCGGUGGCCAGCAUUUUGGCACUCUUCUCGGUGGUCGUCACUUGGCUCAUCUGCUGGCUCAAGUACCGAACCCCCGAGGGCGCGGCCACGGGCUCGGCUGGGGGCGGCGGCCCGAGGACGCGGGCGGCGGCAGCGGCAGGCGGCGUGCGGGGGAGCGACACAUAGUGGGGUGACUCGCCGGGUCUCCCGCCUGCACGCACCUUCAGUCCUGCGAGGCCGGAGAGGAGGGGGCUUUUGGCUCCGUGCGCUCGAGCUUCUCUGGCCUCUCCCCGUGGUCCCCGGUCGCGCACCCCCUCGCCGCCCCGCCACUCCGGGGCGCCUCUCGGGCUUUCCACGCCCCGCCUCCUCCGCGCUGGGCCGGAGAAAUCGAGGAGGCGGGGAUGCAAGAUCAACCUCCGCUUCAGGCACCAUCCCCAUCCUCUCCAGAGUGCUCUGCCUCCCUUCCCAGAGUCGGAGGAUUUGCAAAGAGAGGUGGAAAGGGGAGUGGGACCCCCGCCGCCCCGCCUGCACGCUGGUUUUCUGGCUGCCGCGACUUCAGUUUCUUUAAGGGUGCAGGUGCGCGCGCACACGCGGCUGCAGCAAUUGUGAAUGCAAAUUGUCCGGUGGAAAAACGAAUAAGAUGCAAACAGAGAAAGGUUUCCCUGCUUUCUGGCGGUCCUGGACAGCGAGUGCGCUGGAGCGCCCAGAGUGGUGUUUACUCCCCGCGGGCACAGCGCGGGCUGGAGCUGGGCGGCGGGGCGCACCUACCGCCUUCGACUGAGCGCGCAGCGGCAGGUGCACAGCGCGCGUGCGCGCUCUGGGGUGCGGGCGGCCGCGCAGAGCGCUCCAGGCGGAGGAUCUUGCUACCCGGACCCCCGCAGAGACCCAAAAGUCCUGGAAGCUGGGCUCCUGGAAACUUGUGGUGGUUUUAUUCGCGGCGUUACUACCAGGAAGUAAUUUCCUCCUCUGUAACUGGACUCAGGGACAUUCAAGAGCCUGUUCUCCAUCUCGUCUCAAAACUGACUUACUGUUGCCCCCACCUGGAAGAUAUGGAAAGCUAUUCACGCAGAAAAUAAACUGCAGGCUUCCCUCGCCCUUUUUCUUAAUUUCAUGGAAAAUAUAAUUUAUUUAAAAAUAUAUGCAUCUGGAAAUUUUGUGCGAUAAAUUUUCAGAAAAGAUGUUUGAUGAGCAGUAGCAUUUCUUCCAUACCUCCAGUCCAAAUACAUUUCGAAAUUAUCAGAAAAAAAGGCGUGUUCGUAACUGAUUCAAGAUUUUGUACUGUGAAACUACUAAUGACUUUCAACUAUCUGAUCAAAUAGAAAUAGUGGCCAAAGACUAAACUGACAAGUCUUUCUUCCUUCGAUUACAAAUACAUAUUACACUUAACAGAAAAAUAUUUUGAAUUUAGCUAUUUGAUAUAGGAAAUUGCUGAAAUGUUCACAUCCAGUCAUAUUAAAUUAAAAAAGAAUAUUUAUCUGUCUGAUUUUGUAACUAAAAAGAUGAAUUUCAAUGUGUGUUGCAGGUAGAUCCGAUGCCUUUUUAAGGUAAAAAAAACAACUGUUCCAGGUGUAUUUUAUAUGAAAACAUUAUUUAUUCCAUCUUUUGAGAUUUGGAAUAAGUCAAAGUUUUCAUACCUAAGCAUCACAGAAACUACUGAGGAUAUACUGUUAUUCCUCGUAUAUUUAUGCAAGCUGUCUGCAUGAUAUUCUGACACUAUUCUAGUACCUGAACUUGAAUCAAUAUUUGUAUCUAUCAUAGAAAGCAAUCAUUUACUGGCCAUUGAUAAGUGAUAUGGCUGUGACUUAGGAAUUGCAAAAUGAUGUGUUCUAU